AAAAAAGCGCGCAUUGUGCUUUUGCCCUGAAGCAUGCCAGCACGGGAACCAAGCGUUUGAUGGUGUUAAGCUACCCAUAAGACUUUGCGCACCGGGCAACUUUUUUUUGCAACACUUUAAAGUCUCGAAUGUAUCCGUCUAAAAAAAACAACAAAGAAAUAUCGCAACUAUUAGUUGCUUCAUCUCUGGGGAUUACCAUGGCAACAAUAUGCUCGGGGAAAGAAUUCGCUGGCGGGGAGCGCGCGAGCUCAUUGGGGGGCAUUGAGGGAGGAUUGAGGUCGCUGAUUGGCUCAAAGGAAGCACCAUAACUACACGAAGUUUAUAUUCAUUCAGCUUGCUCAAGUGGUUAAACUACUGUAGAGAGAGGGCAGCCAAGCUGGACAAGGUUUCUGCACAAAAAAGAACCAUUACAUUUUUUUUUUGGCGAAAAGGAUCUUCAAGGCCCUUGAGUUGAUGCAGCCCAUAUAACUCCUCAGAGAUUGUCCUGGGAUGCUUUGUUUUCAGAUGGAGAAAAAUUCACAUGUAUCCCUUUUUUCGUACAGAACAUUUGCAGACGCGGAAUGGCUUAAAAGAUAAACUGGUUAAAAAUGGCAAGCUCUGACAGCGAAGUGAAAACGUUACUUAACUUUGUGAAUUUGGCCUCAAGCGACAUCAAGGCGGCCCUGGACAAAUCAGCUCCCUGCAGACGCUCCGUGGACCACAGGAAGUACCUUCAAAAGCAGCUAAAGCGUUUUUCGCAGAAGUGCCCGAGGACGCCUCGCUGCCACACAUACAGAAUCAGCGAGUCCAAUGCUGCUAAACUGCCUGAGGACAAGCGUGUUAUGUUUACGCACGAACGUGCUAAAAACCUUUUGAACGAAAAGCAAAAUACACAUACAUGUGGAGAAGAGAACGUGGGUGGAAACCCGUACAGUGAAAACCGGAGCGCACCAGGCCACAUUCCCAUGCGCAAACGCCAGCUCCCGGCUUCCUUCUGGGAAGAACCGCGCUCCUCUCACAUCAGUUUUGAAUAUGCGUGGAAAACCCACACGAACGGGACUGUAGGGUACGGAUCUGCCGAGACUGAUGGACAGAAAAGGACCAGGAUUGAAGAUGAACUGAAAGCGAACUCGUGGCUGCGCGUUCGGCGAGGAUCUUUAGACCUGGAGCCUCUUAAGGUGGAUCUGACUUCCACCAACGUGGCUGUGUGCGCUUACUGUCCGCUUCAGUGCCAUGGACACCGUCUGCUCCACGGCCACCUUAUAACGCCACACAGUGCAUUUACCGAACCAGGGCUCAGGGCUAAAACACCCACGAAUGAACUGGACACGCAAAAAAUGAAGGAUGGCCUGAAAUACCGUUCACCGCACGUCGUAGUCAAGCCAAUUCCAACCAAACCGGUCUCUUCGUCUAUUUUCAGUGUCUUCGGUUUUAUUUAGGGGUCUGCGGGUUUGCCUGAACAUUACUGUCAUUGAUACAAAUGACGAAGAUCACGAACUGUAAAUAUUUUUCCAUUUAAAUAUUUGAGUCUGUAUUCAUUGUCUUAAUAUGUAAAUAUUGACGACAUUUAGAAGCCUUAGGCCUGUCAAUGUCUUAAUGAAGCACUUAAAGGGCAAAUAAAAUGUAGCAUGCUCAGAAAAAAAAGCUAUACUCUUAUGCCACUAAGGCUGGGUUUAGUCUAGUGUUUACCAGCAUUGUUUUAGAAACUUGAACACUUCAUAGAUUAUUAACCUUGUUGGAAUAGUAGUUAAAAUAUACGUUAUUUGGGAUUAAAGUAAUGUAAUGUUAUUUAUGUAAAAUAAUAAUAAUGUUGUGUGUUCUAUACAGGAAAUGGGACAUUUAAUAACAAACACUUUUUAUAGGGUUUGGAUUGAAAACAAAACAAAACUGGGUAAUACAUGUAAAUUUUGGAUUAUUCAUCAUAGAUAGAAUCCACUACCAGCUACCUCAAAUGAUUGUUUCAACAAAACAUUUUAAAAAAUGACUAAUAUUUUUUGUUCAUUUUUUGUUAUUUUAAUAUUUUAAUGUUUAUUUUCACAGUUUUGGCUUCAGAUAUGUUUUCCUCCCACAACCUAUAUUAUAUUCAUCUUGUACUUGUCAGUGCAUAAAUCCAGAUAUGAUCAAUACACCUAAUCAACCAAUCUAAAGAACACACCAACAAAAUUCUGAACAAGGAUAUUCAUAUUAACAUUUCAGUGCAAGCAGGUUUCUACAUGUUUCAUCUGUGGAAUUCAUGCAUUUCACUAAGAAUGCACAUUUUGUCUUGAUGUGGGCCUAUGAUAUGGUGAAGACUACCACCCCCAAAACAAACACAUUACAUGACUGAUAAUGAUAUCGUUUUCAGUGAGGAGACAUUACAUGAUGUGUCAAUGCGGUUUUUAGUCACAACACACAAAGCUUGU